AAUCAAACGUCGCACAUACGAAUAGAAAUACAAAACAACACGCUGUGCGAGAUUUUGUAUACAUCGGGAAAAAAUGGACGGAAAACAUAAAAUUUUGGUUUGCGGUGACGUACGAGGCAAUUUCAAAGUGCUAUUCAAUAAAAUCCAAAACAUCAACCAAAAAUCGGGUCCAUUUGAUUUGUUGUUGUGUGUUGGGGAUUUCUUCGGAUCGGACAAUAGCAAAUUGGAAGCAUACAAAAAUGGCAACCUUAAAAUUACGGUUCCCACAUAUGUUCUUGGACCAAAUACAUCGGACCAUUCAAAAUAUUAUGAGGAUUUAAAUGAUGGUGAAAUUUGUCCGAAUCUUACCUAUCUUGGCCGACGUGGUCUGUACACAGUAUCAACCGGUUUAAAAAUUGCGUAUGUAAGCGGAAUAGAGUCCAAAGAUGCUGACCCAAAUUCAAUUUCCAAUUUCAAAAUUGAGGAUGUAAAAUCCGUUGCGAAUGCAUGUUUGGCCAGCAAUAAUACAUCUGGUGAUUAUCGUGGCAUAGACAUUUUGAUUUCGUCACAGUGGCCAAAUGGUCCACAAAAAGAUCAAUCAAAUACUUCCGAACUAUUGGCAUGGCUAUCGUCGGAAAUCAAACCGAGAUAUCAUUUUUGCGGUCUGAAUGAUGCAUACUUUGAACCGGCACCAUACCGAAAUGUAGCACGGCCAAAUAAUCAGUUUAGUUUAUCGACAAGAUUCAUUGCGCUGGCCAGCGUGGGAAAUCCAUCGAAAAGUAAAUUUAUCUAUGCAUUGAAUGUGACAGCUGUUGAUAAAAUGCGUGUGACGGAUUUAAUUCAAAAAACAACAAAUGAAAUUCCAUGCCCAUAUGAUUCAAUGAAAUUCACAAUUGAAGGUGUCAAAACUGAAGGUUCGGCACAGGGCAAUCAAUACUUUUACGAUUUUAAUAACACCGAUGACCAUCAACGUAAACGUCAACGAUAUAAUCAACAUGAUCAUCAACAGAAACGACCACGUCAACCGAACUUCGAUCAAGAAAAAUGCUGGUUCUGUUUGUCAUCGCCAUCGGUCGAAAAGCAUUUGGUUGUUACAAUUGGUGACAGUUUCUAUUUGGCACUUGCAAAAGGUCCAAUAAAUCAAUAUCACAUUCUCAUACUAUCCGUUACACACAUACAAAGCGUUGCAUUACUUUCCGAAGAUGACUGGAAUGAAUUGGAUAAAUUCAAAACGGCCCUACGGAAAUUCUUUGCCAGCAAAAAUCAAGAAGUGGUAUUUUUUGAGCGCAACUAUAAAAGUGGACAUUUACACAUAAAUGUUUGUUCCGUUGACAAGUCGAUUGCAUGGAAAAUUAAAAAUUCGUUUGAAGACAAAGCCGAAGAAUAUAAUUUAACAUUAGAGACGAUACCAAAAUUAACUGCUCCAACACAACUGCCGGAUCGUGGCGCAUAUUUUGUGGCCGAAUUACCCGACGAAACAACAAUGCUGUGUCGACAAAUGAAACAGUUUCCCAUCAAUUUUGGACGUGAAGCAGUCCUAUUGGCCGAGGAGAGUGGCGACGAUAAAACGAAUUGGCGUGAUUGCUUAGUGUCCAAGGAAACAGAAAUUGAAUACGUUAAAUGUUUUCGGAAUGAAUUCAAACCUUUCGAUUUCACCACAUGAAUAAGCUGGAAGAGAUAAAUUAAUAAUGUGCUAGAUUUAAGAUUUUGACAAAAAUUGUCGUGAAUUUGUGAAAAAAGAUUUUUUUUUUAAUUAGAAAAUUCUGUAAAAUGUAAUAAAUGUAUUUAAUUUUUUUACAACAA